AGAACACAAAACCCUAACUCCCCCAUUACGGCAUUACCCCACAGAUUCCCAAUACGCCAGUCUUUAGUCUUUGCUGUAAAUGGUCAAGUCAACUCCACUCCCAACACCCCUCUCUCUCUCUCUCUCUCUCUCUCUCUCUCUCUCCCUCUCCCGACCAGCUUCCUUCCCAAUAAAAACACCCUCUCCCUCUCUACCUCUUCCCUGUCUCUGCUUUCUUCCUCUGUCUGUACCUCCCAGCUGAUAAAUCAUAUUUAAUGUCUUUGUUCUGCAUCUUUGUGGGCUAAAAUAAUUUGAGAGCCGCAGCAGGAGGCAGGGAUAAAACCAUGAGCAGGUUUGUUGAUGGAGCUUCUGUUAAUUUGUUCUUCUUUUUCUUAUGCCUUGUUCUUCCUUCUGGGUUCUCUCAACCCUCUACAGCUCAGAAAGGGACUAUGCUCAAGCUCUUUGAGCUUCUCCAGAACAACACAGCCUCAUCUCCAUGGAGUAAUCUCACCAAAGACACAGACCCAUGUUGGUGGAAAGGAGUUUCAUGCAGCUCCCCCAAUAAUCAAUCCAUUAUAGGUCUCUCUCUCUCUGGUUUUUUCUUAUCAAACGCUAAUAUUCUUCCUAUCAUCUGCGAGAUUGAGUCCUUGCAGACUCUUAAUCUCUCCAACAACCUCCUGAGCUCAAUCCCAGAUGGGUUCAUCACUGGUUGUGGAGGAAUUAAGGGGCUGAAGCUGUUGAACUUCAGUAGAAACAGGUUGUCUGGAAAUUUACCCACUUUUCAUGGUUUUGAUGGUUUAGAGGUCUUGGAUUUGUGUCGUAAUGAUUUCAAUGGAGCCAUAGAUUUGCAGUUAGAUGGGUUGGUUGGGCUCAAAAGUUUAAACCUCAGUUACAACCAUUUCACUGGGCCUAUUCCCACCCAUCUUGGAAAAGCCAUGGUUUUGGAGCAGCUUGAGCUCUCUACCAAUUUCUUUGUCGGCAGAAUUCCUGAAGAGAUUGUCGACUAUCGGAAUUUGACUGUUAUUGAUCUUAACUUUAAUAACCUUUCUGGGUCUGUACCAAAUAGAAUUGGGGAGCUUUCCAAGUUGGAAAUUUUGUUUCUGUCCUCUACUUCUCUGAGUGGAGAAAUCCCAAAAUCUCUUUCCAGUAUCACAACCCUGUCACGGUUUGCAGCAAACCAGAACAAAUUUAAUGGCACUAUUCCUGCUGGGCUUACCAGGUUUCUCAAGAAUUUAGAUCUUAGUUAUAAUAAGUUAAGUGGGUCCAUUCCAUCGGACCUUUUUUCGUCUUCAGAUUUGCAGACUGUUGAUCUGUCUAACAAUUUGUUAGAGGGGCCAAUUCCUGAUAUUUUGUCCCCAAAUUUAGUCAGGUUGAGGCUGGGAAACAAUUCACUUAGUGGGACAAUCCCUUCUGCAACACUUGAAUCUCUCCAGAAAUUAAUGUAUUUGGAGCUGGGUGAUAACAAUUUGAAUGGAUCUAUACCAUCUGGAUUGGGUUUGUGCAGGAAUUUAGCAUUAUUGGAUCUGGCAAAGAAUAACCUGACUGGUGCAGUACCGGCAGAUUUGGGUAAUCUCAGCAAUCUCCAAGUCAUGAAUCUUCAGUUCAACAAACUAGAGGGAAGAAUACCUGUUCAAAUUACCCAGAUACAGAGCUUGUUGGUGCUGAACAUGAGCUGGAAUUCACUCAGAGGGUCAAUCCCUCCUUCAAUUUCAAGCUUGCAGAAGCUUACGAACUUGAACUUGCAAGGCAACAAACUGAGUGGUUCCAUACCUAAUUCCAUUCAGAGCUUGAAUUUUCUACUAGAACUUCAACUAGGGAACAAUCAGCUAAGUGGGAAAAUUCCACCUAUGCCAGGAACCUUGCAGAUUGCUCUGAAUCUCAGCAGCAACUUCUUUGAAGGACGUAUACCGAACACCCUUUCUCAACUGACAGCAUUAGAAGUUUUGGAUCUCUCAAACAACAGUUUUUCUGGUGAUAUCCCAGAUUUCCUCACUAAAAUGAGGUCCUUGAUACAAUUGAUACUUUCUAACAAUCAAUUAUCUGGAGAAGUUCCAAAGUUUGGUUCGUGGGUUACAGUAGUCUAUAGAAGUGGAAACAAAGAUCUAGCUGACCCUACAACGCCAACCCAUACCAUGCCACAAAAGAAAAGGAAAUCAGUUGUGGUGGCUGUAACUAUUGCUGUUGCAUCAGCUGCACUUGCUGUCGGGGUAAUCACAUUUCUUGUUUUGGCAAUCACUAGAAGAUUUUAUGGGGUUAACGACAAGCAGAUACAAUCAAGGGAAGAUUUUUCCCAUGAGCAGGUCAUCCAGUGCAAUCUGUUAACUGCACAUAGCAUCCACCGGUCGAACAUUGACUUUGCCAAAGCCAUGAGGGCUGUUUCCUCCCCAUCAAACAUUGUGCACAAAACAAGGUUUUCAACCUACUUCAAAGCCAUCAUGCCCUCUGGAAUGACUUAUUUCGUCAAGAAGCUCAACUGGAGUGACAAAAUAUUCCAAUUGGGUAGCCAUGAAAGAUUUGCGCAAGAGCUGCAAGUUUUAGGGAAGCUGAGCAACUCGAAUGUCAUGACUCCUUUGGCCUAUGUUUUGACAGUUGAAAGUGCUUAUCUCUUCUAUGAAUUUGCACAGAAAGGGACCCUCUUUGAUGUUCUUCAUGGUAGCUCGAGAAAUGAUUUUGACUGGGCAAGUCGUUACGGCAUAGCACUUGGAAUUGCUCAGGGUGUGGCAUCUCUCCAUGGAUGCACCCCUGGUCCAGUUCUACUUCUUGACCUUUCAAGCAAAACCAUUCUUCUAAAAUCCUUAAAGGAGCCGCAAAUUGGAGACAUUGAGCUGCACAAGGUGAUUGACCCCUCGAAGAGUACUUCCAGCCUUUCAACGGUCGCUGGUUCUGUUGGCUACAUUCCUCCAGAGUAUGCUUACACGAUGCGGGUAACAAUGGCUGGGAAUGUCUAUAGCUUUGGAGUCAUUCUGCUGGAACUGUUGACAGGGAGGCCAGCAGUUAGUGAGGGAACUGAGUUAGCCAAGUGGGUAUUGAGUAACUCAGUGCAGCAAGAGAAGUGGGAUCGCAUCCUUGAUUUUAGCAUAAGCAGAACAUCACUUGCUGUGAGAAACCAGAUGCUAGCGAUCCUAAAGGUUGCUUUGGGUUGUGUUAGCGUCUCACCAGAAGCAAGGCCAAAGAUGAAAAGUGUGCUGCGAAUGCUCUUAAAUGCAAGAUAAGCAGAGACCCCUCAAGGUAACUUGGGACUAGUGGUUUUCAAUACUUCACCUUUUGCCAUAAUAAUUAAGGCAUCUGUUAGAUCUUUAGAGCUCAAAAGCUGCAUGUAAAAAUGUUGAAGCUUAUUUUGUUUCCCUGUGGGUAGUUUUGGAUUUUACGUGCACUGAAUUAGUUAUUAGUGUUGUAAUUGAUCAAUGGAUCCAUGUCUCAUAUUUUGUAUCCCCCUGGAUCUAAAGCCAGGAUCAUAUUUAAACAUUUGCUUUAGACUUGCCAUUUCACUGUAAUACCUGGCAAGAUAUUGAUAAUGGCAGUCUUUUGAGUGGUGCA